UGGGCUUAUACACAGCCAAUCAGAACACUGGAAGUACAAGCCGAGAGGAGCAACUCGCUCUUCGCUUUUGUACCGCCAUUUUGGGAGUCAGGCUAUGAAUUGUGAACCGUAGCCGAAACCACGGGUGCACAGACUUUGUGACUAUCAACAUGGUUCACACGUGCGUGGUGGUAGGCUGUCGGAACAGGAGAACCCCAGGAACCACACUGUCUUUUUACCGUUUUCCACGGGACCCUGAAAGAAAACAACGGUGGAUUGCAGCUAUAAACCGAGAAGGGUGGUUGCCAAACGAUGGCAGUCGGCUGUGCAGCACGCACUUCAUCUCAGGUAAACAGGUGAAGAACCCUCGGUCACCGGACUACGUCCCAUCCGUGUUUAGUGCGGUUUCACUGUCUCAGGAGACAAAGCAAACGAGUGCCUUUGAAUGCCCUGACAAACAGCAAGCACAAGUGGAGGCAGCCACUGCUUUGUUGUACCUCCAGGGGCAGGUGGUUGACCCAGAGCUGGACCUGGACCAGGACCAGGAUAAGGCAGAAACCAUGUCGUCACUGAGCAGCAGUAGCUCAGAACGGCCCGGCGACAGCAGGGCCCACUCCAGCAGCGAUGUUGAUGCGUCCGAUGCUGUGAACUACGAAGAGGAGCUCAGGGCCCUGAAGAAGGAGAACCAGGCCCUCAGAGAGUCCAUGGAGAAAAUGUCUCUCACGGAGGUCUCCCUGAGAAAUGACCCCGCGAAAGUGAGGUUUUACACCGGCUUGCCUAACUACUUUGUGUUCGAGACAGUUAUGUGGUUACUUUCACCACAUAUGAAAGGAGAAAAGAGCGUGAAGCUCUCUAAGUUCCAGCAGCUCCUCUUGACCCUAAUGAGGCUCAGGCUGGACUUAAAGAACCAGGACCUGGCCUACAGGUUUGGGGUCAAGGUUAGUACAGUGACCAAGACUGUCCACAGUGUGGUCAACAUAAUGUCCACUACGCUGGUACCGACCACGGUGUUCUGGCCCUCAAGGGAGGAGCUUCGCAAGAACCUCCCCUCGGCCUUCAGGUCGUCGUACCCGGACUGUGCGGUGAUAAUGGACUGUUUCAGGGUGGCCCUGGAAAAAACGGACUGGCCCGAUGCAAACAUCCAUCACUGCGGAACCAACACGCUGAAAUACCUGGUGGGGGUCGCUCCGCAAGGUGUGGUCACUUUUGUCUCCAAAGGGUCGCCGGGACACGUCAGCGACAAGGACCUGGCGGAGGGCUGCGGCUUCCUGAACAAGCUGCUCGUCGGCGACGUGGUGCUGGCCGACCGGAGAUUUGACGUCAGCGAGUCAGUCGUGGCGCGCGGGGCCUGCCUAAAAAUCACAGGCAUCGGGGAGGGUGAGCGUGAGGUGCCCGAAGAGGACCCACUAGCUGAUGCCAGCUUGGAGAGGAUGUGGGUGCGUAGGCACGUGGAACGAGUGAUUUCGACAGUGAAGCAGAGGUACGCCAUAUUGACCGGCCCGGUGGAGAGUCCCUUCACUGCCGUGGACCUCACCGCUAACAUGACCACCUUCGAUAAGAUAGUUCAGGUGGUGUGUGCCUUGAAUAACCUGUGCAUAUCUGCUGCCCCGCUGGAAUGACUCACUGCAAAGCUCCACAGACCCGGUCCUGGUGGGCCGCAAUACGACAGGUUGUCCAGCUCUGUGAAACCUGUGACACUUCAGCCAGUUCCAGUUCCUUGUUAUGUCAGUCAGGAAGGACAAAUGUUCACUGAUCAAGAUUUUCAUGGUGGCAUUCACGUAAAAAGGCAGGCUACAUGAGCCACGGUCCAGUACAAUAUGUUGACACCUUUCACUUGACAGCUUUGACUCACAGAAAUAAAGUUAAUAAAUGGA